AUGGAGGAGAAGCAAAGACUUCACGCUUACCGAUUUGUUGCCUAUUCGGCUGUCACUUUCUCAGUGGUUGCUGUUUUGUCGGUGAGUAUUGGUUACUUAGGAAGAAGCUUUAGCUAAGGCUUAAGUUCGCUCCAUUCAGGAAGAUUCCUCUUUCAUCUCAAAUUCUAUAUUUUCUAGCUCUGUGUCACAUUGCCAAUGGUUUACAACUAUGUUGACAAUGUCAAGACAACUUUGAACCACGAGAUCAAAUUCUGCAAACAUUCUGCUCGUGAUAUCUUUGCUGAAGUCAAUCACAUCAGAACUUCACCAAAGAAUGCAACAAGACACGCUCGUCAAGCUGGAUAUGAUACCGAUUUGGGAGUUACUGGAGGAUCUAACCAACAAGGAGGAUCAUGUGAUAACUGUUGCUUGCCAGGACCAGCUGGACCAGCUGGAACUCCAGGAAAACCUGGAAGACCAGGAAGACCAGGAGCAGCUGGACUUCCAGGAAAUCCAGGACGACCACCAGCACAACCAUGUGAGCCAAUCACUCCACCACCUUGCAAACCAUGCCCACAAGGACCAGCUGGAGCUCCAGGAGCACCAGGACCACAAGGAGAUGCUGGAGCACCAGGACAACCAGGACAAGGAUCAGGACCAGGAGCCCCAGGACCAGCUGGACCAAAGGGACCAUCAGGAGCCCCAGGACAACCAGGACAAGCCGGACAACCAGGUCAACCAGGAGCUGAUGCUCAAUCCGAAUCAACCCCAGGAGCACCAGGACCAGCUGGACCACAAGGACCACCGGGACCAAAUGGACAACCUGGACAACCAGGAGCACAAGGACAACCAGGAGCUCCAGGACCAAAGGGACCAUCAGGACAACCAGGACAACCAGGUUCAGAUGGAAAUCCAGGAGCCCCAGGACAACCAGGACAACCAGGAGGUUCUGGAGAAAAAGGAAUCUGUCCAAAAUAUUGUGCCAUCGAUGGUGGAGUCUUCUUCGAAGAUGGAUCAAGAAGAAAGUAA